AAGACUGUGUAAGGUCUAUCGUGGUAUCGUUUCAAACCAAUUAGACUCAAAAAAACCCCUCUUGCAAAAUAACGCAGUAGCUGUAGCCAGCCAACCCUUAUCGUAGCAAUGUCCAACAACGAUCAAGAAGCUGACAAUCUUGAAUCGGUUUUCAAGCAGAAGCGGAUCAUCCGCUCCAAUGUUCGCCAGACCCUCAAGUCCAUGGAUCCCUCCCUCCGAUCCCAAGAAGAUGAUAUAAUCCAGAGUAUAGUUUUGGAAGCUCCAUGGUUCAAAUCAAGUAAGAGAUUAUGUGCCUAUAUAAGUUGCAGUGCUUUACGAGAAGUUGAUACCUCUAAGUUGUUAUCUCAAAUUCUAUCACCUGCCCCAGGUUCUUCUAUAUACCAAAAUUUCAGUAUUGAAGUAGUCAUUGUUCUUUAUCUUUGUGUGAUUUAUUGUGUUGUUUUCAGGUAUUUUUUUAACCUAUUUUUUGUCUCUGUGCUAGAUGGUAAUAAGCUUCCGACUGCAAAGAAACUUUAUGUUCCUCGCGUGGAGGAUAAGAAUAGUAACAUGAGGAUGUUCAAUAUCUCGCGCAUCGAUGAUUUAGUUGCGAAUUCCAUGAACAUUUUGGAACCUGCUUCAGUUGAUGCUGAUGGAAAUGCUCGUGAAGAUGUGAUGCAUGCGAAUGAUCCAGUUGAUUUGUUCAUUUUGCCUGGACUUGCUUUUGACAGAUCUGGAAGACGGUUAGGCCGUGGUGGAGGAUAUUAUGAUACAUUCUUGAAGAACUACAAGGAGCUUGCCAAGGAAAAGAAUUGGAGGCUCCCACUCUUUGUUGCACUGUCUUAUUCUGUGCAGAUAAUGGAUGAAGAAGUAAUACCAGUCACCCCAAAUGAUGUACUGGUGGAUGCUUUGGUUUCCCCCACUGGAGUGAUUCCCAUUACCUCAGCUGCCUUAGGGAGAAUGAAGCCUUAAUGCUGUGCUCCUCUGAGUCAGAUCCAACUGCUUUUCUUCAAUAGGAUUCUUCUGAAAUUGCAGUUUGAAUAGCCUGCAAAUUUUGAGAGGAUUGUCUUUUCUACAAUGUAUGAGAUGCAGGGCUUGUGUUAUUGAAUAAUGGGAUACAGUUCUGCAUUGCAAUUUCUCAGAGGCCAUGAAUGCCUGUCCACCAGUGAAUUGUCAUGACCUUUGCCUGCUCAAAGCAGAGAUUGUAAUUGUGGUAUGGAUUCGGGAUAUUUUAUUGUAUUUGACUGAUCUCGCUAUAUGCAACCAUGUCGGAAUUCUCAUAGAGAUAAAAUUUUUACUCCAAUUUGCUUUA